ACACUAUAAUCACUCGCUGAAAUUCAUUGUACACGAGUAUAAUGUCUGAUAUAACUUGUGAUGAGUUCUCCUUUGAAACCAAGGCGGUAAGGCAGGACGGCGUCAAGGGGAAUCCUUACGUAACGUAUAGAAUUCCAAAACCGUCAAUUACACAUGACCAAAGUGAUCAUACAGACUCUGGUUUUUCUCCCGUAAGCAACUCACAAUCGCAAGAUGUAAAAAAUGACGAUACGCAAUACGCAGUCGGUGUUAGAGAACCUUUCAAGGCAUUUAUAAACCAAAUCAUUCCACACAUUGAAAAGUUAUUCAAAGUUCGCAUGAGUCUGCAACAAUUAGGCGACGAAUAUCAGCUCAUUGCAACCGGAGAUAAGGCCGAGGCUUCCGUAAAUGAAGUGCUAAACCGCUGCCGCAAAAGCAAUGUCUACAACUUUUAUCUCUGCUUUCCAGUUAGGGGAAAGGCAUUCCAUCGUAAUUUUACAGAAUUCCAGAAUUCUCUGGCAAAAAUCCUUGGUCCGAACACAGAAUUUAUAAAACGUCCACACAUCACGUUGGCCAUGCUUAAUCUGGUUACGGAUUCUGAUAUCGACGCAGUUGUGCGUGAUUUACAAAUAACCUCCCUAACAAUAAAGUCCAUACCGAAAAAACCGUCAACUUCCCAAACAGAUGGAUUUUUGCCGUAUUCAGUGAACCUUCAUGGACUUGAUACGGUUGUAUACAAGGGGAAAUUCGCCCAUAGAAGCGUUUUAAUGGCAAAUGCCACACUCGAAAAGCAACUUUUGGAAAUUGCCAAAGAGUUUCAGAAUACAGUAAACAAAUCUAUAAACAACAUUAUAACUCAUAAUAACCCUAGUAAUAAAAAGAAAAGACCUGUGGUAGGUGAAAACAUUGGAAUGUUGACAGGAGCGCAAUUAGCAGCCAAGGGGAUAUCCAUAGCUUCUGGCGGAAAUGUAGAAGUAGGGUUUACAGACGUUAACCUCAUGGAUAGAAACGGUGUUAUUAGUCAUGAAGAAACAGAAAAGUUGCUGAAUUCAUACGGAACAAAUCAAUCUGGAAUGAGCAACAUAACUCCCGAUCCGGUUCCUAGUUAUGAAGUACAAGAUGAAAAUGACCAAUCCUGUACCGAUAAUAUAGAGUAUGACACAGCAGUUAAAAAUAAAUUUCAUGUGACUCUAUUGAGACAUCAAGGCGUAAGCGCUCUAAAAGACUCACCAUUCGAUUCGGAUGCAUCGGUAGUAUGUGUUGAACUGCGCCCUAGAAACUCGGAAACAUGCAAUUUCAGUGCAUAUACCACAACUGAACUCACAAAGUUUACUGGGAAUCGUUUUGAUAACAUCAAAACGGAUGAACCCGGAGUCUCACAAAUCGCAUUGUCACAAGCUCCAAACAUUCCCAACGAUCACAUUGUGGAUGUAAACACUACAGAAACAGAUAAUAAAUCGGAAAGAUUUGUCUUUUGGAUAUAA